AUGAUAAAACUCUUAAAUAUAUACAAAUUAAAGAUGCAAUCAGAGAAAUCAAUCUUUUCACCAAGCCAACUCACAGUUAAAGUACACCCAGUUGUCAUUUUCAAUAUAUUGGAUCACUAUAUCAGAAGACACGAUGGUCAAGACAGAGUUAUUGGUACUCUUUUAGGUUAUAAUAACGAUGGUGUUGUAGAAAUCAAAAACAGUUUCCCAGUUGUACAUUCUGAAGGUGAUCAAAUUGCAGUAGAGAUGGAAUUCCACAGAAAAAUGUUAGAUUUACACUUAAAGUCAUCACCACGUGAACCAAUCAUUGGUUGGUACGCAACAGGAUGUGACAUCAAUGAGAACUCUGUGAUUAUCAAUAAUUUCUAUCGUGAAGAGAUGAAUGGAUCACCGAUCCAUUUGACAGUGGACACCGGUCUCACCAACGACACAAUGGGUAUUCACGCCUACCAAGCACACUCGCUCAGCGAGCAUCCAGACAGCUCAUUGGGAAGCUACUUCACUCCAUUGCCAUUGGAGAUUCUCACUUUCGAAGCAGAGAAUGCCGGUCUCGAUGCUUUGACCGCUGCCGACCGUUCGCUGACUGCCACCAUCGUCGACGCCACCGCCACUGCCGACGCCGAACAACAACAGCAACAACAACAAUCGAUCUCGUUGCUCUCGGAGCUCGAAUCACUCCAAGGAUCACUUGGUAAGCUCGACCAGAUGCUCGAUUCCGUAGCACAGUACAUCGCUGCCGUCGAGAAGGGUGAGAUCCAAGGUGAUCCACGUAUCGGUCGUUUCCUCGCCAAGACCAUCCAGGCUUUGCCAAAAUCAAAUACCCACGUAAUGGAAAAAGUUAUCAACAACAGCGUCAAGGAUCUCCUCAUGAUCGUUUAUAUUGCCUCAUUGACUCGUUCACAAUUAGCCGUAGCCGAAAAAGUACGUCAAAGUCUAAACUUUUAA